GUGCAAGAAACCUUAUAUACACCCACACCGAUCAAGAUCAAAUCAAAACUCAAGCCAAGUUUCUUACACACUCAUCAACAACAACAUAAAAUCGAGAAUCACGUCAACAAUAUCAACAACCGAAAUUCACAAAAUUAUGGAACCAAAUUCCGACGCAGGUGAACGAAUCGCUAGAAUCGCCGGCCACCUCAACCCUCCCAAUCUCACGAUGAAUGAACAUGGUUCUUCCUCUUUGACGAGUUUCCAUUGCCGUGCCAAAGGUGGAUCACCUGGAUUCAAAGUUGCAGUUUUGGGUGCUGCAGGUGGAAUAGGACAGCCUCUUUCCAUGUUGAUGAAGAUAAAUCCAUUGGUUUCAGUUCUUCAUCUCUAUGAUGUGGUUAACACCCCUGGUGUUACUUCUGAUAUCAGUCACAUGGAUACUUCUGCUGUUGUUCGAGGAUUUUUAGGGCAAAAUCAGCUUGAGGAUGCACUUACAGGUAUGGAUUUGGUAAUCAUUCCUGCUGGUGUUCCACGUAAACCUGGAAUGACUAGAGACGAUCUCUUCAAUAUAAAUGCUGGGAUUGUUAAAACACUUUGUGAAGCAAUUGCGAAGCGAUGUCCCAAGGCAAUUGUCAACUUGAUAAGCAAUCCCGUUAAUUCCACUGUACCUAUUGCGGCUGAAGUUUUCAAAAGAGCCGGUACUUAUGAUCCCAAGAGACUUUUGGGAGUUACAAUGCUUGAUGUGGUUAGGGCCAACACGUUUGUGGCUGAAGUUAUGGGUCUUGAUCCAAGGGAUGUGGAUGUUCCUGUUGUGGGGGGACAUGCCGGAGUCACGAUUUUACCUCUUCUUUCUCAGGUUAAACCACCUUCAUCUUUCACCACAAAGGAAAUCGAGUACUUGACAGAUCGCAUACAAAACGGUGGAACUGAAGUUGUUGAGGCCAAAGCUGGAGCUGGGUCUGCAACACUAUCAAUGGCAUACGCCGCUGUUAAAUUUGCAGAUGCAUGUCUUCGUGCGUUGAAAGGAGAGGCCGGAAUCAUUCAAUGUGCAUAUGUUGAUUCACGGGUUACCGAGCUUCCAUUCUUUGCAUCAAAAGUACGACUUGGCCGUGACGGAGUUGAGGAAUUUCUUCCUCUAGGUCCCUUAAGUGAUUAUGAGAGGGCGAGUUUGGAAAAGGCAAAGAAAGAGUUAGCAACAAGCGUGGAGAAAGGCAUUUCUUUCAUCAGAAAAUGAGUUGAUAGCAUAUCCUGAAAAUAAGUGGUGGAAUUAAGUCAUGUCAGUUGUGAGAUCAAAAUUUUCAAAUUAGUUAUAUACUAGUAAAAACCAUUCAUAUUACAAUAAAAGAGUGUGUUUAAUUUAAA